UCAACUGAUAGUCCAGGAUAAAUAAUGGUUAUAACUAAAGUUUUAUCAAGGAUUACCUCGCUUUAUUCAGGUGUGAUUUUUUAUAUGGUGGAAAAACUAGUUGGUGACGUUUUCUUACAAAGACGAAAAACUUCCAGUAUUGUCAUUGUGUUCCAAAACAAGAAGGAAGGGCUUUAAGAAAGUUACGAGCUACUGGAAAACGUGACAAACAUGAUAUAUUAAUGGUAUAGCUACUUGUAUGAUAUUUGACUUGUGGUGUAGAAGCUUAAUUUAAAAAGAUAAUUGUAUUGCGACUUAAGUUACGAAUGUGAAAAAUGACAAACAUUAAAAGUCGAAGAUGGAAUUUGUACUGAUAGUGAUGAUAGUGCCUUGGAUCACGACGAUGAGUUCUCUGAAACUGCAUGACACUAUAAACGAAAAAACAUCUUUACCAAUGGAUUACCCAGAACCUCAGUUCCUGAAUUCUGUAACUAACAUUACUGUCAGAGAGGGUAGCCUGGCUAUAUUACCAUGUACAGUACAACAUCUUGGUACCAAACAGGUAGCAUGGAGAAGACUGGACAACGACCAUUUUCUGACUAUUGGUACAUUAACAUGGGUAAAAGACGUUGAUAUCCAGAUAGAGCACAGACGGCUUGGUGAUAUAACAGAUUGGGACUUGUUAAUCAAACAUGUUAGACCAGAUCAUGAUGGUCUCUAUGAAUGCCAGAUCACGUCAGUAGAGAAGUAUGUCCGCCAUGUAACUCUUCAUGUUCAAGCGACUGUAGUAAAAGGGAGAAAAUGUGUCCAAGAAGGGCAAGAGCUUAAAAUAGUGUGCAAUACAACAGGAAAAAAGAAGAUACCAGAUGACGUCACGUGGUUGAAAGACGACCAACCAAUCAAUUCAUCAUAUUUUAAUCACGUGGUAGUAACGAACUACAGAUCCCUCGGAUCCAAGACUUUAGUUAGUGUUUUAAGUGUUAAUACAUCCAAGAUGGCGGACAGUGGAGUGUAUAUAUGCCAAAGUUCUCUUGCAGAAGUUGACAGCAUCAAUAUCACCAUACUAAAAGAUAUUUCACCUAAUGUGAAAAGAGGAGCUGAUGCUAUAUAUGUCCCGGAAGUGAGUGAAGAUUAUAGCGGUAAUAAAGCUGAAUCGCGUUAUAGUACGACAUGUGUUCAAUUAUGUCUGAUUGUAUUGUGUGUGUUUCUGACAGUCACGUGA